AUGUAUUUUGGCGCAGGCGCGCGGGCAGGCUCGGCCAUCCUCAUUCGAAGGCUGUCUCGGAAUAUCAGCAGCGAGACGCUCUCUGGCAUGCUAAUAUUCGCCGGCGACCUCGUCGACACGGAGAUCGUACGCUCCCCUUACGCCGAAGACGAAGGCUACGCGACCGCCAUUGCUCGCUUCCAGUCGCAAGCCGGUGCGAUUGAUGCACAGCAGAAACUACACGGCAAGCCCAACACGGCCAAGGAGGCGAAUAUGAUUGUCGAGAUACACAGUGCAGGUGUGGCUGGUGCCUAUGAUCGGCGGAACACCAUCGAUGGCACAGCCUCUCGCACCCAGACAAACUCCUCGUCUUCCGCUACAGGCCCCGGUGGGUUGCGAUUCAACAACUCCUUCCAGCCUCCGGAUCAGAUAUCCCCGCCCCUACCCACCUCGAGCUCCGGAGGCAGCGGGGAACUGCCCAUGCCCGAGACAAGUGCGCACUUUCAGAAUUUGUUUUCCCCGCAAUCGCCCCUUGCGAACGGCAUGGAUGAAAGGCAUCGGAUGUCCGGCAAGUACACCAUCAACAACGACUCCGCUGACGACGAAACGGGCGAACUUUUGAAAGACCCGGUGGCUUAUGCGAAAAGCGGGCAACAGCCACCACUCAGUCGACGAACAACAAAUCCCCAACUCCCGCUCUCGCGGUUUGGCAACCUUUCCCUGAGCUCCAGCAACCCCCAGUCUCCGCCGAACCUUCCUUCGCCUCUCACAACGAACGGCAUGAAAUCUCCCCGAUCGACCCAGAACCUGCCCCCUCCGCUCUCCCCGACCUCGUACAGCACAAUGCCCUACCCCCGGCCCCAAUAUCCGCCCGUCAACCCCGCCGAUCAGAAUCCCCCUUGCAACACGCUCUACGUUGGCAACCUCCCCCUCGACACCUCCGAAGACGAACUCAAAGCGCUCUUCUCCAAACAGCGUGGCUACAAACGCCUUUGCUUCCGCACCAAACAAAACGGCCCCAUGUGCUUUGUCGAGUUCGAAGAUGUCUCGUUCGCGACGAAAGCGCUGCACGAGCUAUAUGGCCACCCGUUGCAUAAUUCCGUCAAGGGCGGCAUCCGCUUGAGUUUCUCCAAGAAUCCGCUGGGCGUGAGAUCGGGGCAGCAGCAGGUGAUGAACGGGCUGGGACUGGGAGGGCAAGUGAUGAACCCCCUAGCCAUGGCGCCGCCUGGAUACGCUCCGGUUGGCAAUGGAGGCGGAGCUGCACCUGGGGGAGGUGGAGGUGCGCCGUUCAGCGCCGCUUCCGGCCCGCCGCCUGGUUUGGCUUCACCGCCUGGACUACUUCAUUCUGCCAUGCCCUAUCGUCCUUCGCAGCAACAGGCGUCCAUGCAUCCUGCAUCUGGCACAGGCAUGGAGGGCAUGUUUGCCAAUCCGUUUGGCCUACCGACGACGCAGGACUUUACGCCUGCGCAUCAUAUGGGCGGCGGUGCCGCGAGAAGCCCCCUAAACGGGCCCGCCGGAGGAUUGCAGUUUCCGACGCGCGACGGCAGACCUGGAUAUACGGAUUACAUGCUGGGGCGCUAG